GAAAGGAAGAGAACCUUAAAUUGAUCUUAUAAAUGCUUUCCUUGCAUAAACUAGUAUACGACUUAUGUAUUAUAUAUUAUUUCAUUCUGACAACCGGUCCGGCGUGUAUGAAAUGGAACACGAAUGAAUUAAGAGACUGCGUGCUGUUAAAGUAUCAUAUUUUAAAUAAUUUAAACCUUACUAUUCAAGCUGUUUUCUGAAGCGUUAAAGAUAAACAAGCCCCGGUUACAGAGAAGAAACGGGAUUGUUACGGUAAACAGAUAAGGUUAUGGCUUUUGAUCUUACCGACCUUACCGACGAGUCAACUGAGGAAGAAUUCUUGGGUACAGAGGUCACCACAAGUCAUUAUGUACCAAAAUCUGCGAGAAAGAAAUGUCAAAAUGAGUCUUGUGAAACUUUGUUCCUACAUCCUGGCCUUAAACGACCGCAUCAUUGUAGAAGAUGCGGGAAAAUAUUUUGUAUGUCAUGUCUGCAGUAUAAACGCCGACUGAACAUCGUGGCACAGCCUGAUCCAAACGGAGUUCUUUGUAAGGUAUGUUUGUCGUGCUUUGAAGAUAGAGGUCUGUCGCUGGGGUGUACAAGUCGUUCACAGACAGAAGUGUUCAAACAGUUACAUAAGCAAACCAAAGAAGAUAUGAUGGACAUUGUAUAUGGAUAUGCAGUAGAAUCCCGACGAGUUUCCGUCCAGCCAACGUUCUGGAAAGAGUAGUGAGUGGCUAUUGAUGUUGAU